CGCCGCUAGACGUGCGUCGCUGCCCCUUUCUGAAAGCAUUAAUAAAUUAACGAAACAAAAACAAAAUACAAAAUACAAAAUGGUGUCACAAUCGAAACUAAGCCAAGUGUUUAGCUACCAAAACUGGGUACAUGCCGUCUCGGGCGCAGCCGGCGGCUGCAUAGCUAUGAGCACAUUCUACCCGCUGGACACGGUGCGCUCCCGCUUGCAAUUGGAGGAGGCCGGCGAGGUGCGCAGCACAAAGCAGGUUAUCAAGGAGAUUGUGCUGAAUGAAGGCUUUCAGGCUUUAUACCGUGGACUUGGUCCAGUGCUGCAGAGUCUGUGCAUCUCGAAUUUCGUCUACUUUUACACAUUCCAUGCGCUCAAAAUGGUCACCUCGAACGGCGCGCGCGGACAACAGAGUGCCCUAAAGGAUCUGCUGCUGGGCAGCAUAGCUGGCAUCAUCAAUGUGUUUACGACAACCCCCUUUUGGGUGGUCAAUACACGUUUGCGCAUGCGCAACGUUGCCGGCACCUCCGAGGAGGUUAACAAGCACUACAAGAAUCUAUUGCAGGGUCUUCAGUAUGUGGCCAGAACUGAGGGCCUGACCGGCUUGUGGUCGGGCACAAUACCAUCCCUGAUGCUAGUCUCGAAUCCUGCGCUGCAGUUCAUGAUGUACGAACUGCUAAAGCGAAACAUUCUGAUAUUCACUGGCGGUGAAAUGGGUAGCCUGAGCUUCUUCAUAAUUGGCGCCAUCGCCAAGGCAUUUGCCACAGUGCUCACAUAUCCGCUGCAGCUGGUGCAGACCAAGCAGCGUCACCGCACCAACGAUGCGGCCAACGGACCAACAACCUCCCAGCAGGCGGGCAAGCCAAAGACGCCAUCCAUGCUAGAGCUCAUGGUCGGCAUACUGCAGCAUCAGGGCAUCGGCGGCCUCUUCCGCGGCCUUGAGGCCAAAAUUCUACAGACCGUAUUGACGGCGGCGCUUAUGUUUAUGGCCUAUGAGAAGAUAGCCGGCAUCGUCAAGCUGCUACUUAAGCGCACAGCUUAAGAGGAUAUAGUCUAGUCUAGCUACAAUAGUUUAGCUCUUAACACAACAUGACAUGGCGAUGGAUAUUGAUGCGGACACGGACACGGAUACGGAAGUACACGUACACGCACAGACUCCAAAGUUAACCAAUAAGCGUGAAUGUUUAUCCAAUAAGAAAGCACACAUGAUUUAACAAAAUUAUUAGUAAAUUUUAUUAGUUAGCA